CGGUUCCGAGACAUUUAAUGUGAGAAUUUGAAUUUAUCUUUUUUUUUACUAGUAAUUAUUACCAACUAGAACUUUAAGAAUAGCCACGUAAUGUGAUUAAGUCUUCAAGAUGCCUCUCCUGGUAAUUCUCUUCAAUGUGUUCCUACUAACAACGACAGUUUUAGCAGAAGAAGAAGAAGACCCUAGUGCCUGGAAUGGAAAGUGGUUUCCUCAACCACCAAAUGCUCCGGAUCCCAAUGAAAAAUUAUCAGACAAUGAAGAAGUCAAAUCACCUCCCAUGGGAAUAAUUGAUCCGGCAUGUGACGAUGGGAAGAAUAACUUGACACUAGACUAUGAUCCCAAAAAUAUCAGUCACAGCAUUGUUCACAUGUGCCUCGAUAAUUACACCCACUUCCGACCAAACUACAAUACCGAACCAGUGAUGAGAAUCUAUCAGAUUCCCAAAGCAUAUUCCGCCCAGCAUCGUUGCAUGAACAAGAACAUCACAUACCCAGAAAAUAUUCCAACAUUUGGACCCCAUCGUGCUCUCUGGCCAAGAUAUGGGGAGUAUCUGUACGUUCCCGUACAACGAUGGAUACACAGUUUGGAACAUGGAGCAAUUGUUGCCCUCUAUCAUCCAUGUGCCCAUGAAACACUCACAGAGAGGCUAAAAGCUCUCGUGAAAUCCUGCCUAUUCCGCCAUGUUAUCACCCCCUCAGAACGCCUAACACCAGAACGUCCCUUUGCUCUUGUGGCAUGGGGCAAAAGUAUGGAAAUGUCUGUGAUUGAGGAUAAUCUCGUGCGGGAAUUUAUUCGUGAUAAUGCACGAAAAGGCCCAGAAAUGACCCACAGAGAUGGUCAGUAUAGUGAGCAAUUGAUUGCACCUGCAGAAAUCAUCAGCACAAAAGAUGAUGAGACUCUCUGUCCACCUCCUCAUACAGAAAGCAAUAAAGUUUAAUAAAAAGCGAAAA